CGCGCACAUGCGCAGACGCGCGGCGGUCUUUCUGUUGAUGUUUGAAUCGAGCGAUGGUUAGAAAAGUCACAGUUAUUGGUUUUAUUUCAUCAACACUGUCAUAACUGAGGACAGUUACUGACCGGAGGAGAAGCGUGUCGCUGGUUGAAGGUUAUUAAUUCUUUCACCCAAGCGACUCGUCACGUUCAUGUGAUGAUGAUGUUCGCUGACAUGAACAAGAUGAUGACGCCUUUAAAAGCUGUCAAGCAGACGUCAGCUGCAGCGUCAAAGAUCAAGAACAAGAUCCUCAACACGUCGUCCUUCUUCAAGGUCUCUCUGAAGACAAACAACAAAGCACUGGCUCUGGCUCUGGCGGCGCAGAAGGAGCGGAGCCGGCAGCUGGAGCGGGAGAUCGUGUAUCUGCAGAAACAGGUGGAGGCUCUGUGCUUCGAGCUCGCCACCAGGAAGUACAAGGACAGGAAGCUGCUCCUCAUCUUGAAAAACCUACACUCAAACACUCUGGAGCACUUCGACAUGGCGGCCGAGCUUUUCUCCGAAACUGAUCUCCCUAAACAGUCUCAGGACAACAAUACCUUGUUCGGCAACGUCAACGAGGAAAGUCUCGCCGGGGCAAAUCUCACGGAUCAGUUGCCACCUCGACCGCAAACGUCCAGGGAUUCGUUGUGUCCCAGCAAACACGUGACAACGGACCUGAUGGACGACAACGUCCUUUGUAUUCAGAGUAAACCCGUAAAGUUCACAGAUGUUAACAGAGAUCAUAUAGAUGUUGAGAAAUGGCCUUCGAGUCAGCGCACACAAGCUCCGCAGACGGGAACGGGAUCGUCCCGCCCGUCCAGCAGCCUGAGGCAGGAAGUCGAGAGGCUGUCCAUGAUUUUCUCUCAGUCAGUCUGUCCUCAGAACAGUCAGACCUGUGAAAGAUCCAAACCGUCCUCCUCCGCCGCCGCCGUCGUGUACCCCGCCGGUGGCUCGGUCACGGAAACUGAACCGGAGAUCAGUGACAAACGAGAGGAAACGGUGCACCUGAACGCGACAAUGGAGAUGACGAAGAGCGAUGCUCCUGAGAUCGUCGUGGUGGAAACCAAGGCCAAGAAAAAGCCCGGCAGGACCGGCAAGCCUAAACGCGAGAAGCACAAAGAAGAAGAAGCCUGCGUGUCAAGCGUAGCUGACGUGAAGAUGAGUGAGGCUCUGACUGCUCGCUCUGACUCCGUGUUACAGACGGAUGAUUGUGAGGACUUCAGAGAGUUCCACACAAAACCAUCACACAAAACGAGUGUCGUUUCCUCUCGCAUUCCCAAACUGAGCAAGUUCGAAGCUGGCAACUGUCAGAAAACUUCAAAGGACAAAUCAAUGUCCAAGACCCAUGACGUCGUCUCACCGGAUCCUGACGAUUAUUUCACGGAUCUCAGAAACAGAUUCUCUGAAACCAGCGGAGGUGUUGAAUUACCACCGGAGGAAGACGAUGCUGCGGAACACGCAGUGUCCAGAAUCACGUGCCGGAGGUCGAGGACCAGAGGCCGAAGGGCGACGUCAGUCACCAAGAAGCCUUCGUACGAUUUACCGCCUCAUAUAAUUGAGAGCAGCUGGUCCGAAUCGGAACAGCUCCGUCACGGAGUGGAAGACGACGUUCAGGGGAAUCGCAAAGACCAGGAAACACCGGGAGAGUUCCAGUUUUGCGCAGACGAGAUCACACAUCCCGAGUCGGAGCAGAUGGGCCGUCGUUCCCCGAGUGUCAGUCAACCUCAGAGCGACAUUCAGACCUCAGCGGGAAGUCGCUCAUCGAGAUGCAGAGGGACGUUUGUCGUCUCGGUGACGGGGGAUUGCACCUCAUCGAUCAACAUGUCGCCCGAGUACCGAGCCGCAGACCAGGACUUCAGGCCUCCUCCGGGAUCCUUCAGCCGCGAGGCAGAGGAACCGCCAACUGUCACGGACGCAGGAGGUGUCGCUCGGCAACAUUCAGAAUCAGAUCUACGCCGGCGCAGCACUGAGGAGACGCAGGGGUCCGGUAAGCGUCCGUGGGGGGCCACUCAGGACGCCGGGAGCUUACACGGUGACUCAAUCAGCGACACUAACCACGAAGUGCCGCCGCUGAACCAAGAUGCUGCCGCAGGCGCCGAGUUUCAGAAACCUAAAAAAGCCAGGAGAGAAGAGAAGAAGAAGAAAGAAACGCACAGGAAAGAGAGUGACGACCCAUCAAAUGACAAGAGGAAGAAGAAUAAAAGCAGCCGCAGCAACAAAGGAUUUAAAUCUGAGCACGAAGCUCGUCGUCUUCAGGAAGCUGCUGAUGCUUUGCCUGACAGAAGAGAAGAACAGUCAGAUGAUUUACAGAUGGCCGACUCGCAGCGGGACACGAGCGAACAGGUCAACGUCUUUGAACAUUCAAAACCCUCCAAGUCAAAGUCCAGGACGGAUUUGAAACAGAAAGAGCGUCAAGCCAAAUCCAAGCCCUUCUCGGCCGCAGAGACCAGAAAUCCGAGGCAGACGUUUGUCGUCUGCUCGCUUAAAACAGAAGACGGGGUUUCACUGCACAACACGAGGACGUCUGACGCCGGCAACGAGGCAGCUCCUCAGAACGUGGGAGACGCGCUGAUGGACGAGAUGCCGCCGUGGCUGGACAUGGACGUCAGCACCGCCAACACCGAGAUGGGCUCUCUCCUGGCGAGUCCACAGAGAGAGGUGCCAGGCAGGGGGGCGGAGCCUGGCGAGGGGGUGGCGGUGAUCCAAGACGCUUCCACAGGCGCAGAGUUUCAGAAACCUAAAAAAGCCAGGACAGAAGAGAAGAAGAAGAAGAAGAAAGCAACGCAGAGGAAGGAGAAUGAUGACCUUUCACAUGACGAGGGGAUGAAAAACAAAAGUAGCCGCAGCAACAAAGGAUUUAAAUCUGAGGACGAGGCUCGUCGUCUUCAGGAAGCUGCUGAUGCUUCGCCUGACAGAAGAGAAGGACAUGCUUUACAAAUGGCCGACUCGCAUCGGGACACGGGUGAACAGGUCGACAUCUUUGAACAUUUAAAAUCCUCCAAGUCAAAGUCCAGGACGGAUUUGAAACUGAAAGAGCGUCAAGCGAAAUCCAAGCUGCUCUCGGCCGCAGAGACCAGAAAUCCGAGGCAGACGUUUGUCGUCUGCUCGCGUAAAACACAAGACGGGGUUUCACUGCACAACACAAGGACGUCUGACGCCGGCAACGAGGCAGCUCCUCAGAACGUGGGAGACGCGCUGAUGGACGAGAUGCCGCCGUGGCUGGACAUGGACGUCAGCACCGCCAACACCGAGGUGGGCUCUCUCCUGGCGAGUCCACAGAGAGAGGUGCCAGGCAGGGGGGCGGAGCCGGGCAGGGGGGCGGAGCUGAUCCAAGAGUCUGCUGCUGCUACAACAGAAGCAUCUCCAGCAGCAGGACGAGUCCUGACAUCACUGACCAACACGACUCCCGACAGUGGAACCAGAGGACGAACCCGGAGACGUCACGGUGUCGUCAGUUACAAGGAGCCGCCCCUCAACAGCAAAAUAAGGCGUGGAGACAAGUUCACCGACAGCAAGUUCCUGAGCUCUCCGGUGUUUAAGGACGGAAAGAAGAAGAAGCAGAAAAAGAUGGCGGCCAAGACGACGAAUGAAAGAUCCAUUGUGACGGACUGAUGAUUUCUUUCUUUUAAUCUGCUUUAUUUUUAUCUAAUUCUUUAAAAACUUUUUUACAAGUCAUUUGAAUCAACCAGUUUCCUGGCGGCUCGUCCGAUGCUCACGUGUCUUUACAGACACUGAAUGUGACGUGUAGGUUCUGCCGAGCUCGGCUCCACAAUGACACUGAGCAGGUCGUCGUUAAUUAUUCAGUUUCUGUCCGAUCACCUGAGACGUCUGAGCCACGUCACUGUUCCCCCACAAAGGUUCCCCCACAGAGGUUCCUACAUCCGCCGCUGCUACUGCAGCACCGCAGCCGACCGUGUUCAGCUUGUUGUUGUCGUCAUGUGAGCUGAAGUGUUGUCGGCUCCGUCUUGUGUCGUUGGUUUCUGCUCGUUCUGGACGACGGUGAGUUCAGACACUCGACUGAUGUGUGAUGAGUUUUUAAAUAUGUUGCUGUUUUCUUUUUUAUUUCUUUAAAAAUUCCCAUUAAAAUGUUGUUAUUGCUCAGAAGA